CGGGGUUCGGUCCACGGACACAAACAAACCGACAGCAGUGUUUGCAGUGAGCGUGGCUGUCGGAUCUUGAUUUCACUCCGUGAUCUGUAUGCAAGAUGUUGGACCAUCAGUACGUGUCUCCGGUCAUCGAGAUCUUUAUUCCGGCUCUCAUGAGGGAGAUGGACGAGACGGGCAAGUUGCGCAAACUUUUCAGGUUGGAGGUUCUUUUCAAUGGAAGGAAGCACUUUGUUUUACGACGAUACAGCGAGUUUCAGACGCUUCACAGGAAGCUGAAAAAGAUUUUGCGAGCUCCUGAUUUUCCAAGUAAGAGAAACCAGCACUUGAGAACCAAACCUCUGGAGCAAAGACAACAGGAAUUAGAAGACUACAUCCAGGUGAUACUGUAUCAGAACGAAAUUGUUCCUCAAGAGCUUUUGGACUUCCUGCAAGUCAAACAUUUCCAUGCAGCCAGCAAGAACUUCAGCUCAGACGAGAAUCAGUCAGAUGACUCUCUAGAACAAGAUUACAGGUUUCAGUUAUUUAAUCAACGAGUAGUCGGGUUCUCGGCCGACCCUUACCAGUGUGAAUCCAGCUCAGAUCUUCCUGAUAUUGUAGUGGCGGGUGUCAUGGAGGGUUUUUACCCCAGGGACGUCAAAGUGAGUUUCAAAAAGAAUUGCAGUAAACCCAGUAUUCCCGCAAGUGUCACCUGCGCACCGGAGCUGCCUGCGCAUCCCAGAAUUCCCACUAUAACCAUCAGCAGAAGCAACAUUAGCUCGCUGCCCGAGUCGCAGAGAAUAUCAGCUCAAACAUUUCAGUGUUAAGUCAUGUUUAUAUGCAAGUGGAAUUGAAGCCUUCAGCUUUAAGAAUGUUACAUGUGAUGUUUAUUGUUUUCUUGGAAAAUCUUUACAAAACUGUAAAAAAAAGUGCAGAACUGAUUCACCUCAAGUACUUAAAAUAUGUUUUGCACAGAUAAGCACAUCCAUCACAUACUUUGUAUUUGUAAGUAAUGUAUUUGUAAAUGAUACGUCACGGCAAUGUCUGCUGUACUGAAUAAAUGCCGAUUCUAAUAAAAAAAAAA